CAUACGAACAUUUCUACAAAAAUUAUUUUCGCCAUUUAUAUCAGCUAAGCUUUCAUGUUUGAUUCACAACAAUCAGCUAUCGUUACAUACAAAACUCAAAAACCAAAACAUGGGUUUAGUGGAGGAUUUCCAAGAGUAUGCUAACAAGGCCAAAACCUUGCCUCCAUCAACAAAAGAUGCAGAUAAGCUGAUAUUAUACGGCUUAUAUAAACAAGCAAUGGUUGGAAAUGUUAAUACGGAUCGUCCUGGAAUGUUAAGCCCCACAGACAGAGCUAAAUGGGAUGCUUGGAAAGCUGUUGAAGGUAUAAAAAUGAAAAAAAAUAAAAAAAUUAAAGGAUUAAUUGCACUAGACAUCUCAAAUUAUGAAAUAAAUUUUAAAUUAGUAAUAUACUUCAAAACAUUGGAUCCUUAAACUAACGUAUUGUGCCAAUCAAGGGUUUUCUUUUCCCUAUCAAUCUAGCCAGAAAUUGUUUUAGUCAAAGUGCGAAACCAAAAAAUUGUUUGGAGGGUCAAAGUACAAUUUUACCAUUAUACUAUCUUCUUAAAGUUAAAAAGGGAUAUAUAUAUAAAGAAUUUCCUGCCCCCGCUCCUAGUUUUUUGUUAAAUGCAUCCCCGGAUCUGACAUGGUUACGUUUUAAAAAACAUAUGGAUUUAAUAAGCAUUUUUAAAAUCAAUGUUAUCUGCUAGACUGAU